AUGGUGAUGGUGUCAGGCGGUGGGGGGAAUGCGUGGGCGAAGGAGAUGACCAUCCGCCGCAGGAUAGCCAGCAUGUGCGCUCCACACCCUGAAGCAAUCACUCCCUCUCUAUUCAACAAGACGCAGGAACAUUUCCCUACUCUGAAGGACUACAACGAUUAUCUGGAAGAAGUUGAGGAUAUGACUUUCAACCUGAUCGAAGGGAUAGAUGUCGAGGCGAUUGAAGCAAAAAUUGCAAGAUACCAACAGGAAAAUGCGGAGCAGAUAUACUUGUCCAGAGCUAAAAGGGCGGAAGAUCUUGCAGCAGCACUUAAAGCAAGCAGGAUGAACCCUGUAAAGGCCGAGGCCAAUGAUAUGGCUGCUGGGAGUUCUCAGGGUAUUAGUGGUGGGGCAGGAGUUCAGGGCCAGUAUGCACCUGCCGCCGUUCUUGGGGGAGUGGCUCAGCCUCGCCCCACAGGUAUGGCUCCCCAACUAAUCGGCAGUCGGUCAGAUCCUCUUCAAGGAGAUGACGAGGAGACCAGGAGACUACGCGCAGAGCGAGCAGCACGAGCUGGUGGAUGGACUGCUGAAUUGAGUAAGAGAAGAGCGCUGGAGGAGGCGUUUAGCGCCAUAUUUAUCUAG